AGCUCUUCCUGCUCAACUGGACCAACCGGAACCAACACCUCGGCCAUUGAGGAGGAUAAGUUAAAGACGUCGGAGCUAAAGGUGGCUCAACCGAAAAGAGACAAGCUGUUGUCCGUCAAGGCGCAUCGCUAGCGCCCGCGUUGAUGCUCUUUCACAGCGCAGACGUUUGAUUCCGUCGGCGUGUGAGCGGAGCCGCGCGUCGGUCCACGGACACAGGAGGAAAAUGCCAUCGUUUUCACGGAGGGUUUGCCCUGCCUUUGUGCUGCUCCUCAUCCCUUCCAUUGCGGCUGCUGAGGAGUCGUCACUACUCGACGGCUGGCAUGAUGUUUGGCUCCUCCGCUUCCUGGUCAACAUCCUGGGAUACUCCACCAUCAUCAUCCCGGGAUACUUCCUCAUCAGCUACUUCAAGCGGACCAAUUACUUGGAAAAAGGUAAUGGGAUUUGUUUCCCUUUCAUAAAGACCUGUGUGUUUGGCAGUGAGGCCAAAACGGGUCUGUUGGCUGACGUGUCAGUUGCACCCAGGAAUGAGGGUGAAUCCGGCUCGUCGGUCAAACAGGUCGUCAAAUUAAUCUUUUGUGCUGCCGGACUUCAGGCAUCGUACCUGACGUGGGGGGUCCUGCAAGAGCGGGUGAUGACGGGCUCCUACGGGGCCACGACUCCCGAGGACGAGGGCGAGCAGUUCAAGGACUCCCAGUUCCUGGUCUUCAUGAACCGCAUCCUGGCUCUGACCGUGUCGGGCCUGUGGUGCGUCCUGUUCCAGCAGCCCCGCCACGGGGCGCCCAUGUACAAGUACUCCUUCGCCUCGCUCUCCAACAUCAUGAGCAGCUGGUGUCAGUACGAGGCCCUCAAGUACAUCAGCUUCCCCACCCAGGUCCUGGCCAAGGCCUCCAAGGUCAUCCCCGUCAUGCUCAUGGGCAAGAUCGUCUCCCACAAGAGCUACGAGUACUGGGAGUACUUCACCGCCGUGCUGAUCUCGCUGGGCGUCAGCAUGUUCCUGCUGUCCAGCACGCCCAGCAAGCACCUGUCCACCGUCACCACCUUCAGCGGCGUGGUCAUCCUCGUCGGCUACAUCGUCUUCGACAGCUUCACCUCCAACUGGCAGGACAACCUGUUCAAGCACAAGAUGUCGUCGGUGCAGAUGAUGUUCGGGGUGAACCUGUUCUCCUGCCUCUUCACCGUGGGCUCGCUGCUGGAGCAGGGCGCCUUCUUCGACUCGCUGGCCUUCAUGACGCGCCACUCCGAGUUCGCCUUCCACGCCGUGCUGCUGUCCGUGUGCUCGGCGUGCGGCCAGCUCUUCAUCUUCUACACCAUCAGCCAGUUUGGCGCGGCGGUCUUCACCAUCAUCAUGACGCUGCGGCAGGCGAUCGCCAUCCUCCUCUCCUGCUUCCUCUACGGCCACGCCGUCAGCCUGGUGGGGGGGUUCGGCGUGGCCGUGGUGUUCCUGGCACUCUUCCUGCGGGUGUACGCCCGCAGCCGCAUGAAGUCCGGCCGGCGCGCCGCACCGCCGCUCGGGCAGAAGGUGUAGCGACGGCGCCGGGGGGAACUGAGGCCACGUUUUCUGUGGUGCUUUUUGUCUGUUUGUUAUCUUGCUGUGUUUUCUGUUUUUUUUAACUGUUCUUUUCCAUGUUGUUGUUUUGUUUUUUGUCUUAGCAAUGGUACAGAAAGGGAUUUUGACGUUUUUGACACUUACACCAAGAGGCCCCCAAGGGGUCCAUGUGAUUUGUCGAGUCAGCAGUCACAGAAGUUUUGAGUGCCUGUAAGAUUGUCUUAUACACGAAUCCCAAAAAACCAUAAAACUUUGUAAACUGCCUCUACGCCAAUUUCAUACUUAAACCGUAGAAUAUUUUUCCCAAACCCAAACGAGGACAUUCUGAACGGUGGUGACGCACGGCUGGGCCUUGGUUUUCAAACAUGAUGACAUGGAGGACUAGCGUGUAGGAUUUAGGGAGGUGUGGGGAUCGACUUGCAAACUGAAGCAUGGUAUUCAGUAUCAUGUCGCCAUCAUCAUCCUGCGGAACGGAGAAUGAUUGUGUUUCGUUCACAUCAGCGCGUCCACAGAGCCGCCGUCCGUCUUUACGUCCCUAGAUUCCACUAAAUCUCACACACAGGAUUGAACGAGACUUUUUGGCUUCAGUAACGGCGACACUCUCUUCUCCGUUGAGUUAUCCUUCAGUCACAAAAGCCAGAUGCUUUUCCCCAGUCCUCCAUGUUGGAGAGCAGCGGUCUUUUACUUUGUGAAGCUGUAAACAUAGUCUGAUAAAUAUGUUGCACAUUAGUUGGAUUUACGGUAUGGUAACAUGUUACAUUACCAUCUGUACUAGAGGGUGGUAAACGACAGUUAUAAAGAGCGCACUUUUUAUGAAUUGUAUUAUUUUAACCAAAACAUCAGUGAAGCAUGCUGAUGUGGGUACAUUUUGCACGACAUCAUUUAAAGGAAAAUACUUUAACCUUUUUUUUUGGUGUCCUUUCAACACCGAUUCUACUUAAUAUUUUAACUAUGGGCUAAAAUGUCUUGUAAAUAUAUCUCUUUUUCAUUGUUUCUUUCAAGUUGUCUCAUGUACUUUUGUAAAAAGAACGCUGCGUUAAUUUUCACCGUCACAUGUGAAUGUUUGGAAGAACACUGAAAGGAUGAUGCUCAGCGAUGUGAGGAUGCCGUCGGCCCGGUUUGCAGAACAGAAUGCAAACGAGGGAAGUUCACUCUUAUUGGUACCUUGUUUUUAUCAUUCUGAUAUUUCCUCUGGUGACUGGAUUGAUAAUAAAACAUCUUCAAUUAACUCGAGAAGAGCCUUUAUGUUU